AUGGGCAUAUUUGAUCCGAAAAAGGAACCUGCAGUUCCACAUAAAGUUGCCGCGUACUCUUCCAUUCUAGGCUCACUUGUCGGUGUCGGCGCCGCGGUCGCUGCUUUCACAUGGCCAAACCCUGGCACUGCGUCUUUUGGUUUAUACGUCGCGAGCUCUUCAGUGUUUCACUUGUCUGAGUUUUACGUUACUGCCAAGUAUAAUCCUCGUGAUUUGACGUUGAGCUCAUUUUUGUUGACCAAUGGCAUAGAGUACGCAGCUGCUCAAGCAGCAGCUAUCACCGAGGCAGCUGUUACUUUGUUCCUCGGAAACCCUUCCUACGCCUCAUCAUGGGCAAAAAUAGGCUUGGUGAUGGUUAUUGCGGGCCAAUAUCUUCGCACCAAAGCUAUGAUCCAAGCUGCACAAAGUUUUAGCCACCUUGUUGCAUCAGAAAAGAAAUCGGACCAUACUCUCGUAACCUCUGGCUUGUAUUCAUGGUUCAGGCACCCCUCAUACUUGGGCUACUUUCUGUGGGCCGUCGGCACGCAAGUGAUGAUGUGCAACAGGAUUUGCACGGUGCUAUUUACCGCUACUUUGUGGACAUUUUUUCGUCAACGAAUAAACCACGAAGAAAGGCUUCUUGUCGAGUUUUUCGGGGACGACUAUGUAAACUAUAAAAAGUCUGUCUGGUCGGGAAUUCCGUUUUGUUAA